CACUUGCUCUACGACUCGUUUGAGAGAUACAAGUCCUGGAAAAGUUCUAGCCAGAAUGUCCGCCAACGCUCCGGCCGUGGGUAUCGACUUGGGCACCACGUACUCCUGCGUAGGGGUCUUCCAGCAUGGCAAGGUGGAGAUCAUCGCCAACGACCAGGGCAACCGCACCACCCCGAGCUACGUCGCCUUCACCGACACCGAGAGGCUGAUAGGGGACGCUGCCAAGAACCAAGUCGCCAUGAACCCGACCAACACCAUUUUCGACGCCAAGCGAUUGAUCGGCCGACAUUUCGACGACGCCACCGUGCAAGCCGACAUGAAGCACUGGCCCUUCACCGUGAUCGACGACGGGACCAAACCUAAAGUCGAGGUGGAGUACAAGGGGGCGAGGAAGAGCUUCUUCCCGGAGGAGAUCUCGUCCAUGGUGCUGACCAAGAUGAAGGAGAUCGCCGAGGCUUACCUGGGGAAGAAGGUGCCCAACGCCGUCAUCACGGUGCCCGCUUACUUCAACGACUCGCAGCGGCAGGCGACCAAGGACGCGGGCACCAUCGCGGGCAUCAACGUGCUGCGCAUCAUCAACGAGCCCACGGCGGCCGCCAUCGCCUACGGGCUGGACAAGAAGGGCGGCGGCGAGCGCAACGUGCUGAUCUUCGACCUGGGCGGCGGCACCUUCGACGUGUCGGUGCUGACCAUCGACGACGGCAUCUUCGAGGUGAAGUCCACGGCCGGCGACACGCACCUGGGCGGCGAGGACUUCGACAACCGCAUGGUCACGCACUUCGUGGAGGAGUUCAAGCGCAAGAACAAGCGCGACAUCAGCGGCAACAAGCGGGCGCUGCGGCGGCUGAGGACGGCGUGCGAGCGGGCCAAGCGCACCCUGUCGUCCAGCACCCAGGCCAGCCUGGAGAUCGACUCGCUGUACGAGGGCGUCGACUUCUACACCUCCAUCACCCGCGCCCGCUUCGAGGAGCUGAACGCCGACCUGUUCCGCGGCACCCUGGAGCCGGUGGAGAAGGCGCUGCGCGACGCCAAGCUGGACAAGGCGCAGAUCCGCGAGAUCGUGCUGGUCGGCGGCUCCACGCGCAUCCCCAAGAUCCAGAAGAUGCUGCAGGACCUCUUCCACGGCAAGGAGCUCAACAAGAGCAUCAACCCGGACGAGGCGGUGGCGUACGGGGCGGCGGUGCAGGCCGCCAUCCUGACCGGGGACAAGUCGGAGAACGUGCAGGACCUGCUGCUGCUCGACGUCACCCCGCUCUCCCUGGGCAUCGAGACGGCCGGAGGGGUGAUGACCGCCCUCAUCAAGAGGAACACCACCAUCCCCACCAAGCAGACGCAGACCUUCACCACCUACUCCGACAACCAGCCCAGCGUGCUGGUGCAGGUCUACGAGGGCGAGAGGUCCAUGACCAAGGACAACAACCUGCUGGGCAAGUUCGACCUGAUGGGCAUCCCCCCUGCCCCUAGAGGGGUGCCGCAGAUCGAGGUGACCUUCGACAUCGACGCCAACGGCAUCCUGAAUGUAACGGCCGCCGACAAGAGCACCGGCAAAGAGAGCAAGAUCACCAUCACCAACGACAAGGGCCGGCUGAGCAAAGAAGACAUUGACCGGAUGGUGAACGAUGCCGAGAAGUACAAGGAGGAAGACGAAACCAACCGAGAACGUGUAUCGGCCAAGAACGGGCUGGAGUCCUAUGUCUACCAGAUCAAACAGACGGCCGAAGACGAGAAGCUGAAGGGCAAAGUGAGUGACCAAGACAGGGAGAAGAUACUGUCCAAAUGCAGAGAGGUCAUCGAGUGGCUGGAGAAGAACCAGAUGGCCGAAAAAGACGAAUUCGAGCACAAGCAAAAAGAGCUGGAGAAGCUGUGGAACCCGAUCAUGAGCAAAGUGUACCAGGGUGGAGCUGGCAACCCUGGCGGUGCUGCCGCAGGGGGGUCAGCGGGGGGCCCUACUAUAGAAGAAGUAGAUUAGAUUUACCAUUAGGGGGUAUUGUUCUCUUUUUUAGAUUGUUCCCCCCCCCCACCCCCCCCUAAAGGCGUCGGGUUCCUAGAUUUUAUUUUUAUUUUUCAGCACUUAAUUGCAGGAACUUAAAGCACUUCAAGGAAAUCUCCACCUUUCUGGAAGUUUCCAGAGCGCCAUUAAACUACCAGUGCCAGCAAUGCCCUAGGCAUCACAAUUACUGUAGGACCAGCGCGCUUUGAUCUCUGGCAUUUCCCGUUGAUGGAUACAGCAGCAGAGAGAGGACCUCUAAGAAACUUUCCACCAAGGUGGAGAUUUCCUUUCAUUCUUUUUCAUUGCAGUUGCCAAAGUCAGCGCGUAGCUUUAACGCUCAGGGUAGUGCGAGUGUUUUUUUUUGUUUUGUUUUUUUAAUCAAAGACCCUCAAAAUUUGGAUGUGUGCUUCAUUAACCCAUUGUAGUGUGGCUGCAAAAGCCGUCAUCACGUGUACAUACAGGAGAUUGUUACAGUGAUGAUCAGAGCAGUGUAUACGGGAGACUCUGGUUGUUAUACAGUUAAACAUGUUACAGGCUAUUGUUAAAAGGUUUAGGAAAGUUCUGUGUAUGUUCAGAGUUGCAGAUAUUGAUGGCCUAUCCUCAGGAAAGGUGUCGGAUCAGUGGGGGCCUGACUGUCGGCACCCUCGACGAUCAUCUGGUUAAAAGGGCUGCAGCAUUCUUGCAAGCACUCCUUGUCAUUUGCAGGGUGCAGGAUACCUGAAAGCUGCAGUACCCUGUACGGCCACCAGGUGCACGGCCUGUAGCUGCUGAUCCAGCCUAUUGUGAGGAUAAACGGUUAAUAUUGUGAACUCAGAAAUUCACUUUGAGGCCACAUUCAACAGCCACAAUGUAGCUGAAUCUAGGUGUCCACAUUACGGUCGUAUGGGCCCGAGACUCCACGCAAUGUGAGCGGUCACCUCUCCUGUCUGCAUUCCCGGUGUAAUACCAAUUCUGGAGCCUCUAUUCUUAUGACUCCUAUGUUGUACCAUUCCUUUAUUAUUCCUGCUAGAAGUUAUGUAUGAAUUGCUAGCGGUUUGCAAUGAAGGUCCAGUUGGGUGUUACCAGGGAAUGCAAUCAUGUCAGACUGUGCAGGGACAUCCCCCCCCCCCCCCCCCCCCCCCAAAUGGUAACACCCAUCUAGACCUUCAUUUCAAACUGCUAGUAAUUCAUAACUUCUAGCAGGAAUAAUAGAGGGAUGACACAACAUAGAUUCAUAAGAAUAGAUGUUCUAGGAUUGUUCUUACAUUUGGGGUACAAGUAGUUUUGCAAACAGAUAUGUCAGGAGAAGGAACAGGACCUCUAUAAGUCGCAGUAGACCCUUAUGGUGGUCUAAGGCCCCUCUUGACUUUCCCCCAGUUGCAGAGUUCAGGGGACAAAAGGAUCUCCUGUUGGACAUCUGCUUGCCCAAUCAUUCUUGGGUAGAUAAUUCUC